UAGCGCCAAUAGUGUGAAGUCUCUGAUAAACAAACUCAAGAAUCUAAAGGGAAGAACAUCUUGAAAUAAUAGUGUUUUUAGUGCACAAUAUUCAUUGUUAAGCACUAAAUCUAAGUGAUCUUGAAUAAGUGCAAAUACCAAAGAGGAAAUUAAAAAUAAGAUAGUAAAAUGGGUAGUACGGAUAAAGCUGUAAUUACAGGUUUCAUAUGCAGACUCUGCAGUAAAAUGAACCGUUUCGUGAUCCACAUUUACGGUGAAGAGGGUGAAAGAAUGAAACUCGCGGAAAAGAUCAAUGCUUAUCUCCCAAUUACGGUAAAUAUGAAUGAUCCGCUACCCAAAACUGCAUGUCUACAUUGUAUUGAACGAUUGGAAGCACAUCACGAACUAAUGAAACAGUUCAUGUUUGCUAGGCGGAGGUUACCUACUGAAAAUAAAACCUCAGCAGUGGCAUCUUCUUCUACAGCAACUAUUGAUGCUGCACCAACGUCUAGCCCUCCUCCAUGUUGACAUGUACAAUCAUGAUAAUCCCUUUUUUUUGCAACACUGAGUAUCUCUUGAGUUUUAUCCAUAUCAUUUCCUCGCAAAAUCGUUAUUAAGGUAUAAAACUGUUAGGUAAAAGGUGUGAAUUAAGUAGAACAAUUUAAUAUCUUCAUAUAAUCUACUUGAAGAGAAAUUUUUAAUAGGAUAGCCAAAUAUUGUCUUAGUAGACUGAAAUUUGUAAUAUUGCAAAAUUUGUUAAUUACUUUUCAGUAUCCCAAAUGUUAUAUUUCGAUAAUUUAGAUGCAAUUAUUAUUUGACAACAAAAAUAAUUUUUUAUUUAUGUGCUAUAUAUAUUAAACCUUUUAUUAGGUACAAUUAUAUUGUAUAAAGUAGACUUUGGGUUGAUGAUCAUAUAAUCUAAUAACUUCUAAGAAGAAAUUAUAUCUUGGAUAGUAUCUUUUGUGAAAACAUAAUAAUAUUUAAAUACUUUAAUGGAUGUUUUAUUCUAUACUAUCAUACUUUAAAAAAAUUAUCAUAGUAUCUUUAAUAAUUUCAUAUAUAUAUGAAUGUUUAUACAUUUAUUUUAUAAUAAAUUAUUUCUUCAGAAUAUUACACAAAAACUGUUGAGUCAAUAGAAAUGUAGAAAUUUGUAUACUUACAUGCUUAUUUCAUAAUAAUCUAUAAUAAUUGAAAAAUAGUAAAAUUCAUGAAAAGUGACACAUCUUUCAUUAAAACAAAAAUGAAGAAAAAUAUCAAUAAAUCGGUCAUUUAAAAUAGUGAUGGGACACGUAUUGCAAUCAUUGUAUAUUUACAUUAUAUACAUCGUAUUAUUCAAUCCCACUGAUUUUUAAGAAUCAGCAGAUGAAUGUUAUAUAAAAGCAUUACAUCUGCAGAGAUAUGCAUAUAAAAAAAUAUUUGUAUAUUAUGUUAACAUAAUAUUAUGUAUUUUUAUGUAAUAUUUUUAAAAAGUUUUAAUAUUCCUUUUUCUCUCUAAGCAAUGAUAUAAUAAACAAUCUUUACAAAAUUUAACUGCGCACUUAUUAUGUCAGUUGUUUUGUAUUAUCAAAUAUUUCAUUAAUAAAAUAUAUAUUUGUGUAAGCAGUAUAAAUAAUAAGGGAAACGAUCUUCACAUAAUUUUUGUAUGAUAAGAUUUAUUUGUUAACAAUGUAUGCUAACACAAUUAAAUGUUAUGUGGAACAAUAUUAAUGAAUCGCGUCACAAUACACAUUGUGCUUUCUAUAUGUAUUAUUUCACAUAUAACGUUGUAUAAUUUACAAGGAAGAUAAGUGUUUUUAUAGUAGGUAAGGAUGUAAUCAUCACUCAAUUUUUACUUAUUGUACUUGGUAUAAUAUAGAAACAAUUUAAAUUUAA